GGUUGUGUUUUAUUUUGUUUAAUAAUUGCGUCAAACGUGUUUUACACCUGUGUCAAUUCAUAAGAGACAUUUAAUUUGAAUUAUUUGUACGGUUAAAAUUUUAUACAUUGACUUUCUUUCUGAGGUGUUAUUGUUUAGACGAAUUAUGUGAAAAGUAAACUAAGUUUUUGGACGUAUUGAGGUGUGAAGUGUGACAAAAUACUUUCUCGCUUUAUCAAUUUCGCGCUACUCGAAAAGCGAAUUCCCCGAAAAUGAGUUAAACAAACUUUUAUGAAACUUAAAUAUUUAGUUUAUGGACUACUACAACUUGAAUUUUGUGUAAUUUUCUGUAUAAAAUGACAACGGAUAGAUUUCACAAGGCAGCCAAAGACGGCCUCCUGGACGUGCUGCGAGAGGCGACGCGCAAGGAGUGCAACAACAAGGACGAGUCGGGCAUGACGCCCACGCUCUGGGCUGCAUUCGAAGGGCACAUAUCUGCGUUAAGACUACUCUGUGGUAGGGGUGGAGAGCCAGACAAAGCGGAUUAUUUCGGCAAUACGGCACUCCAUCUGGCGGCGGCGCGCGGCCACAAGGAGUGUGUGACCUUCCUCGUCAACUUCGGCGCUAACCCGUACGCGGUCGAUGUCGACGGUCACACAGCGCAGGAGCUGGCCGCCAUCAACAACCGCGAGGACAUCCUGCGACUCCUCGACCAGGCCACUGCCAAGCUGGAAAACACUGACAAAAAAAAAGCGAAAUCAUUAAAAGAGAAGGCUCGAAAAGAUCAUGAGAAAAUGCAAAAGCAAUACGCGAAAAGACAGAGCAAAGCAGAAGUGAUAGCGGAGAAGGAAUUGAAGAAACUGACCAAAGAUUGGGACCAAGGGUAUACUGAGGAGGUGUCCACGAUGCCGCACCGACCCAGCAAUGUGCUCAUGGCGCUCAAGCAGAGGAUGAUACGGUCUACUAGUCAAGGUAACCUUUUGGCGGAGGAACAGCCGCGGCCUACAUACAGCGCGCUGGUGGGCACGGUGAGCUCGGGCGCUCGCGGACGUGGCGCUGUAUACAAGAAGGCGCUCGCCAGCAAACUGCGCAACGGCACCCUCGGCAAGAGCAACAAUAAUAACGACGACUUCAAGGUGGGCGAGGUGGAGCGCACAGGACGACGCUCGGUGACGUCACUGAGUGGACUGCGACGCGACUCCGAGGUGAUGUACGUGGGUACAUUCGGCGCCGGCCCGCAGCCGCACCAGCGCGCCAACGUCGCCGACGUCUUCGCUGAUACAGACCCACCUCACAAGAGUACGCUCGUCAGGUCCGCGAGCCAGCCGGACUUCCUCGCAGCAGUGGCGGGCGAGGACAGCGGGCUGGGGCAGGAGGUGCUGCUGCAGGAGCCCGCCAGCAUCUUCGACCGCCCCGGCUUCGGCAGUGUCGCCUUCAGACGGUCUAUAACAGCAACUUUGAGUGGUCUGCCGGGCGUGGGAGGUCCGGGAGAGGACCUCUCCAUAGGGUCAGCUGGUUCUCUAGCACGACACGCAUACCAACCUGCAGAGUGGAACUCUGUGCAUUCCGGAAGCUCAACAAUAACAUCAGACGAGGAAGGAGAGGUGGAGGAGUCAGGGUACGCGUCGCUGGAGAGGUUCUUGAUCGCGUGGGGCCUCUCGCAGUAUGUGCACAAGUUCAAGGACGAACAGAUCGACCUGGACGCCCUCAUGUUGCUUACAGAGAGCGACAUGAAGUCCCUAGGCCUGCCCCUAGGGCCCUACAGAAAGUUGGUCACCGCCGUACAGGAAAGAAAACAGGCCCUUUCCCAUCCAGGCCCUAUUAUAGAUACAGCUAUAUAAAGUUUUUAACACUUUAACUGCCACCGACUCACUUGACACGAGUUCACUUUUGAAUACGAAAUACUAAGAUGGCAUGGAAGGUGUUUUAAAAGAUUAAAUAAGGUUUUGAACUGUGUGAAAUGUCAUUUUUUUGUCAUGUUUUAUCUGAUAUUUUUAUAAAACAUAUUUUUUUUAAAAAUACAUAGGCUUCAUUUUUGCAUUAAGAGAUGAAUUUAUAAAUAUUAUUGUGUACAUGACGUUUUCCGCCAAGAUUUAUGAA